AUGGCGACUCUCCGUGCUGGUGUGGAGCGGGUUGCCGCAGCCUACCGAAUGCGAUUGAAGCAAAUGAGUGACUUGCAGCAAAAAGUCAAAUCCUUUCAGUUCAAAAACUCCUACUACAACCAGCUUGGCUUGCUGUACCAUGAUGUGAUUCCUCAUUCGCCACUAAUAGCGGAGGCUGUUCGUCGCCUACCACGGGAAGAAACAGAGGCCCGUGAUUUUCGCAUUGCGCGAGCCUUUCAACUGUCUGCCAAUAAAGCAGUGCUACCCAAGGAACAGUGGACUUCUAUCGAAGACGAUAUUCCCACAAAUAUCUCCCAAUUUCAGACAAUGGCCAUUAAAUCUAUUCACGCUCGGCAAAUUUUUGACAGUCGUGGGAAUCCCACCGUCGAAGUCGACGUCACGACCGCUAAAGGUUUGUUUCGUGCUGCUGUUCCUAGUGGCGCUUCCACUGGUGUCCACGAGGCUUUAGAACUGCGUGACGGUCCUUCAGGGUACAUGGGCAAGGGUGUGCUAAAGGCCGUCUCAAAUGUGAACAACCAAAUUGCCCCAGGUCUUUUGAAAUGCGGUAUUCCUGUGACUGACCAAGCUGGCAUCGAUAACUUCAUGCUGCAAUUGGACGGUACUCCUAACAAAGAAAAGCUCGGAGCAAAUGCAAUUCUUGGUGUAUCUCUGGCAGUCUGCAAAGCGGGGGCAGCAGAAAAGGGACUUCCAUUGUACAAAUACAUCGCAAGCCUGGCUGGAAAUAAUGAUGUGGUGAUGCCCGUACCUUCCUUCAAUGUCAUUAACGGUGGUAGCCAUGCUGGUAACAAAUUGGCCAUGCAGGAGUUCAUGAUCAUGCCAACGGGUGCCAGUUCGUUUGCCGAAGCGAUGAAGAUUGGUAGCGAGGUCUACCACCACCUGAAGGCCGUCAUCAAAGGAAAAUAUGGCCUGGAUGCAUGUAAUGUUGGUGACGAGGGUGGUUUCGCUCCAAACAUUCAGGAUAACUUGGAAGGUCUUGAACUCCUGCGCACUGCGAUUGAAAAGGCCGGAUACACAGGCAAGGUCAAAAUCGCUAUGGAUUCUGCAGCCUCCGAAUUUUACAAGGAAGGCAAAUAUGAUCUAGACUUCAAGAACCCGAAAUCCCCCGCCAGUUCCUGGAUUAGUUCUGAUGCUAUGGCCGACGUGUACAAGAAAAUGAUGUCCACCUAUCCAAUCGUUAGCAUUGAAGAUCCUUUCGACCAAGACGAUUGGCCCGCUUGGACUAAAUUGACAGGAGAGUGCAAAAUUCAGAUUGUGGGAGACGAUUUGACCGUCACUAAUCCGCUGCGUGUGCAAAAGGCUAUUGAUCAGAAAGCUUGCAACUGUCUGCUACUGAAAGUUAAUCAAAUUGGCUCGGUGACUGAAUCUAUUCAGGCUUGUAAAAUGGCCCAGAGUGCUGGUUGGGGUGUCAUGGUUUCUCACCGCUCGGGAGAAACUGAGGACAACUUCAUUGCCGAUCUAGUAGUCGGCUUGCGAACCGGUCAAAUCAAGACGGGUGCCCCGUGCCGUUCUGAGCGUCUUGCCAAAUACAACCAACUGUUGCGUAUCGAGGAGGACCUAGGAAGCGCUGCGAAAUAUGCUGGUGAAAAUUUCCGCCGACCAUGAACUGUCGUUUACUAGCGUUUCCCCCCUCAUUGUUAUCGUGAUCGAUAGUCAUUUCAAAUGGUUAACUUACGUCUAUUGGUUCAUCUAGUCUCUCAAUAAUGCAAUUUAUUCUCCAUGC